CUGCCAUCACUAGCUCCACAACGUUUUAACUAAAAGUAAACAAGAACUUUUUGAUAAUAAUAAACAAUGAACGUCGCUCAGGUAUGCCGAAUAUGCGCUAACAAAAUCAAGGACCAGAAGCGCGAGCGCAACAUAUUCAAGUACUUGCGCGGAAAGUUGCUGGUGCAACUGAAGCUGAUUACUGGAGUGGAGCUGACAAGGAACCAGGGACUGCCGGAGUUUGUCUGCGAGCGCUGCUUUUCCGAGCUGGACUUGGCAACCAAGUUCCGCGAGCGAUGCAUUUUCUCGCAGAAGUAUCUGCUGGACAUAAAGAAGAAGUCCCAGGAUCCGAGCAUUGUUCACGUAUACCAAGAUCCCGAACCGCUGGACGAGCAGUUGAUCGAUCAGGAUCAGUUGGAAGCGCACGAAGACGAAGAGUUCCCGGUCUUUCACGAAAUAGAAGAGUAUGGAGAUCAGGAAGGAGAAGACGCAGCCGAAUUUCUGACGGACGAGGAUCCCGAGGCUUCGGUGAUGGCGGCCGCCGAGGCGGCACACCAGGCGGACAUCCAGGAGCAGCAGCUGGAACGGGCUGCCAAACGGCGCAGAAACUUUUUCAUCUGCGACGACUGUGGGCAGCUGUUCAACGACGAGUACCUCUACAACGAGCACCUGGACGGGCACCAGGACCGCCGCGAGAUGAAGCAGUUCUUUCCCUGUCCGGAGUGCCCGGAGACCUUCAACAAGAAGACCCUUCUGAAGCAGCACCGUGCCCAGUUUCAUGCUGGCCAGCGUCAGUUCCUAUGUUCCAUCUGUAAUGAGGUGUUCUCUUCUCUGGGAGCCAAGUUGCGACAUGAAAAGGCCCAUGAGAACGAACGACCUUAUCCAUGCUUGGAGUGCGGACGGAUUUUCAGCAGCGUCGCCGAUUUACAGGACCACUGCUUGACUCACGAAGAGACCAAUCGGAAGUUCAGGUGUGAGCCCUGUAGUAAGGAUUUCAUAACUCGCAAGGAUCUGUUGGCACAUACGAAAACCCAACAGCACAAGCGGCUCGCUAGACAUAUGCAGGAUGAAAUUGAACUUUGCUUUGACAGUUAAACGUUAUAAUAUUCAUAAUUUAUUAUUACUCGUUUUUAUCAAUACAUUCAAUGCUAUCAGAUAAAGCUGAUAUGCGCUAUCUAUCAAAUA